GCUGCAGGAGGUUGAGAUCGAGGCCUGCGUUUCUCCCCGGGAGGAAAGGAGGCUGUGCCUGGACUACUUCUGAGCUGUUUUUAAAGAAAGAGUGCAUCCUUUGUGGUUUUUCCAGGCCCACAGACAAGAUUGUGGUCUCUCUCAGCUUCUUUUCCUUCCCCUGCCCUGACUUCUGAAAGAGGACUGCAGAAAGGAGGGAGUGAGCCCGGGGCUCCUGGCAGCAGAGCCCCACCGCGGCAGGACUUCGCAUUCAUCUUCCUUUUCUGUUCAGAGGGAUAGAAGGCUGCAGGGACCUCUGUUUCAUGGACCUUGUCAUAUUCUUAGAGUGCCUGGCAUGAGGUUGGCAGAGAGAAGUUAUUCAGUGAACUGAUGGGGAGGUGGAUCCUGUUGAGUUAAGGACCCAGUGGGAUGCAGCUGGACCAGCUGAUGGGAAGCAGCAGAGAGACAAGAUCUAGAAUACUGACUGUGAUGUGAGAGCUGCAUUCAGGUUCCUGCCUCUGGACCUCACCAAGCCUCAGCCUCCUCAUCUGUUAAAUGGGAACAACGGUCGUCGUCAUCAUCAUUUAUUGAGAACUUCCUAAAAUGCCAGCUGAGGAUGGGCACAGAGGUAUAGGAGAUUAGACCAGAGUCAUACGACUGGUACAACAGUAGUGUCUUCACAGACUCAGCCCUUUCCCAGAAGGAGGAGGACAGAAUGACCAAGUUCAAGGAGGCAGUGACCUUCAAGGACGUGGCUGUGGUCUUCACUGAGGAGGAGCUGGGACUGCUGGACUCCGCCCAGAGGCAGCUGUACCGAGACGUGAUGCUGGAGAACUUCAGGAACCUGCUCUCUGUGGGGCAUCAGUCCUUCACACCAGAUGUAAUACCCCAGUUAGAGAGAGAAGAAAAGCUUUGGAUGAUAAAGACGGCAAGCCAGAGCUGGAGCUCCCGAGGACACAAGAAUCUAAAUGACCUGGAGAUGCUUCAUGAAGUUGGAAUAAGGUACCUGCCACAUGAAGAGCUUUUCCACUCACAAAUCUGGCAACAGGUUACAAAGGAGUUAACCAGAUGUCAACACUCCAUGGUAAAUAUUCAAGGAACUGGCUCUCAUGUGGAAAAACAAGGUGAUGCACUCUGUCAAUGUGAGAAAUUUGGUAAAGGCUUUAAUCAGAGUUCACAUCUUCAAGUUCACCACAGAGCCCAAACUGGAGAAAAACCCUACAAACGAGAGGAGUGUGGGAAAGAUUUCAUUCGGGGCUCUCAUCUUCAAAUUAACCAGAAAGCCCAUGCAGGAGAGAAGCCCUAUAAAUGUGAAAAAUGUGAAAACACCUUCCGUCGGUUUUCAAGUCUUCAAGCCCAUCAGAGAGUCCACAGUAGAGAGAAAGCAGACAAAUAUGAUACAUCAUGUAAGGGUUUCAGUCAGAAGUCGUAUCUUUGUCAUCAUCAGAGAGGUCCCACUGGAGAGAAUCCACACAAAUUUGAGGAGUGUGGGAGGAACGUCGGGAAAAGCUCUCAUUGUCAAGCUUCUCUGAUAGUCCCAACAUUAGAGAAACCCUAUAAUUGUGAGGAGUGUGGGCUGGGCUUCAGUCAGAGCUCUUAUCUUCGAGUCCAUCAGAGAAUCCACAUGAGAAAGAAACCUUAUCAAUGUGAAGAGUGUGGGAAGGGCUUCAGUUGGCGUUCACGACUUCAGGCUCAUCAGCGAAUCCACACUGGAGAGAAACCAUACAAAUGCGAUGCAUGUGGCAAGGGCUUUAGUUAUAGCUCACAUCUUAACAUUCAUUGUAGAAUCCACACGGGAGAGAAACCUUAUAAAUGUGAGGAGUGUGGGAAAGGCUUCAGUGUGGGUUCACACCUUCAAGCCCAUCAGAUAAGCCACACCGGAGAGAAACCAUACAAAUGUGAGGAGUGUGGGAAGGGCUUCUGUCGGGCCUCAAAUCUUCUGGACCAUCAGAGAGGCCAUACUGGUGAGAAGCCAUAUCAAUGUGAUGCAUGUGGGAAGGGCUUCAGUCGUAGCUCAGAUUUUAACAUUCAUUUUCGAGUCCAUACUGGAGAGAAACCCUAUAAAUGUGAGGAGUGUGGGAAGGGCUUCAGUCAGGCAUCAAAUCUUCUGGCCCAUCAAAGAGGCCACACUGGAGAGAAACCAUAUAAAUGCAGUACAUGUGGGAAGGGCUUCAGUCGGAGUUCAGAUCUUAACGUUCAUUGUAGAAUCCACACAGGAGAGAAACCCUAUAAAUGUGAGAAGUGUGGGAAGGCCUUCAGUCAGUUUUCAAGUCUUCAAGUGCAUCAAAGGGUCCAUACUGGAGAGAAACCAUAUCAGUGUGCAGAGUGUGGGAAGGGCUUCAGUGUGGGUUCACAACUUCAAGCCCAUCAGAGGUGCCAUACUGGAGAGAAGCCAUACCAAUGUGAGGAAUGUGGAAAGGGCUUCUGUCGGGCCUCAAAUUUUCUGGCUCAUCGUGGAGUCCACACGGGAGAGAAACCAUACCGAUGUGAUGUGUGUGGUAAGCGCUUCAGACAAAGAUCAUACCUUCAAGCCCACCAGAGGGUCCACACUGGAGAGAAACCAUAUAAAUGUGAAGAAUGUGGUAAAGUCUUCAGUUGGAGCUCAUACCUUCAAGCCCAUCAGAGAGUCCACACAGGAGAAAAACCGUACAAAUGUGAGGAGUGUGGGAAGGGCUUCAGUUGGAGCUCAAGUCUUAUAAUUCAUCAGAGAGUCCAUGUUGAUGAUGAGGGUGAUAAGGACUUUCCCUCAUCAGAGAAUUCAUACAGGAAAGAAACCCUAGAAGAAAAAAUGACCACAUUCAAGGAGGUGGUGGCGUUCAGGGAUGUGGCUGUGGUCUUCACGGAGGAGGAGCUGGGGCUGCUGGACGCUGCCCAGAGGGAGCUGUACCGAGAUGUGAUGCUGGAGAACUUCAGGAACCUGCUCUCUGUGGGAGGUAAGAUCAGACAUGAGAUGGAGGCUGUUCCAGAAGCGGAACCACAUGAAGAACUUUCCUGCUGGAACAUUGGGCAACAAAUUGCAAGUGACUUAACCAGGUCUCAAGACUCCAUGAUAAAGAGUUCUCAAUUCUACAAACAAGGAGAUUCACCUGGCCAGAUUGGAGCUGCGCUAUCUCUAAUUCACACAGACCAGAAACCUUACCAGGGAAAUGAGUGUAAAAAAUUCUUCAAUGAUUUCUCCAAUUUUGAUCUUCAUAAACAGUUAAACUCAGGAGAGAAGUCUCAUACAUGUCAUGAGUGUGGAAAAAGCUUCUUUUAUAACUCAGCACUUCAUAUUCAUCAGAGAGUUCACAUGGGAGAAAAACGCCAUAAGUGUGGUGAGUGUGGUAAAGAAUUCAGUCAGAGCUCACGUCUGCAAAUUCAUCAGAAAGUCCACACUGUAGAGAAACCAUUCAAAUGUGAGCAGUGUGGGAAAGGCUUCAGUCGUAGACCAACACUUACUGUUCAUUGCAAGUUACACUUGGGAGAGAAACCUUAUAAGUGUGAGGAAUGUGGGAGGGCCUUCAUUCACGCUUACCAUCUUCAGGACCAUCAGAGAGUCCACACUGGGGAAAAACCAUUCAAAUGCGAUAUAUGUGGCAAGAACUUUCGUCGUAGAUCAGCACUUAAUAGUCAUUGUGUGGUCCACACGGGAGAAAAACCGUACAAAUGUGGGGAGUGUGGGAAGUGUUUCACUUGGAGCUCAGGUCUUCAUAUUCAUAAGAAGGUCCACAUGGGACAGAAACUGUACAGAUGUGAGGAGUGUGGAAAGAGCUUCUUUUCUAGGGCAAAUCUUUAUUGCCAUCAGAGGGUCCACACAGAAGAGAAACCCUAUAAUUGUAAGGAAUGUGGGAAGAGCUUCAGAUGGGCCUCACAUCUUUUGACACAUGAGCGAGUCCACAGUGGAGAAAAGCCAUUCAAAUGUGAAGAGUGUGGGAAGAGAUUUGGUCAGAGAGCACACCUGCAAGCUCAUCAAAAAGUCCACACGGGAGAAAAACCAUACAGAUGUGAGGAGUGUGGGAUGGGCUACAAGACGAGCUUGGAUCUUGACAUACACCAGAGUGUCCACACAGGAGAGAAACCCUAUAUGUGUAGGGAGUGUGGUAAGCACCUCAGUAAGGCCUCAAAUCUUAAACUUCAUCAGCGAGUCCACACUGGAGAGAAGCCAUACAAGUGUGAUGUGUGUGGUAAGGUCUUCAGUCAGUGUGCACAUCUACAGUCUCAUCAGAGAGUUCACACAGGAGAGAAACCUUACAAAUGUGGGAUGUGUGGUAAGAGCUUCAGUUCAAGUUCCUAUCUUAAAAUUCAUCACAGAAUCCAUGUUCGUGAUCAAUUUCAUCCAGCCUCACAGGGGGGGAAACAUUUGUUUCAUUAAAGGGAGUGUUUCACCUAUAGCUCAGCAUAUCCCAGUGAUCCCAAGACUACACAAGUGGUGCAGUAAGGGCUUCAGUCAGAACCUUGGUAAUUAUAGUUAUCACUCAAGAGGCCUUAGAAAUAAUAAUUUGUUCAGGCACUUAUAAAACUCUAAUGAUGGGUGUUAAAACUGAUGUCCACUAGAGUGUAAGCUCCUGGAGGGCAGGGAGUUUGUUUGCUGCUGAAUCUACACAAUGUUGCUCUCGGUACUUGUUUGUUAAAUGAAUCAAAGGGAGAAAAUGUACCAUAUUUAACAGUUGUAUCUGGAAGAAGAAACCUGCAAAAAAUAAGCUUAAUUCAGAGAAAUAAAUAUGAGUUGAAAUGCAGAACUAUGUUCUACAGCAUUAUUUUGGCAUAUCCUAUUGCAGUUGGCUCCUGGCCUACCCUCAGCCCCUGUUCUGAGGUUGGGUUCUUAUUAUUUGGGUCUCUGUCUAGGUUCCGUUGGUGUAUACAGUAUAAAUUCAACUCUAUUUUGUGAUUUUUCUCACGGUACAGACUGAAACAAUUUUAACUUUGCCAGUAACCAGCUACUGCACAUAUCACAAUUGAAAUUUUUCAACAAUGUUAAGGCAGAAGUUCAAAGUAGCACACUGCAAGUAUCAGGUUUAGUUACCAGUGACAAAAAUUUUCUUAGUUAAUCUUGAAUUCAUCAUUGAUUUUUGAAUUUCUGUAUUUCCAUGUAGGCUUUGAUAUGACUACCUUGUGAUUGUUGUAGCCCUUCUUUUAUCAGACUUCCCUGGUAGAGGCUCUGCCAAAUUCAAAGGACAUUUAGUUUGUCAACUUCCUAUAUUCUUCCCUCAUCCCCGUGAAAUAAAUAACAGGAAUACUUGUUGGGAUUUGGUAAUUUCAUCAAAUGUAUUCAUUACUGGUGCAGGAAUGACAUUUACAUGCCUUUCUUUCUUGGUAAGAACACAUCUUUUGAAAAGCAGUAUAUAGGGGCUGGCCAUGUGGCGUAGUGGUUAAGUGCGUGUGCUCUGCUGCUGGUGGCCCGGGGUUCGGAUCCCGGGCGCACACCGAUGCACUGCUUGUCAGGCCAUGCUGUGGCAGCGUCCCAUAUAAAGUGGAGAAAGAUGGGCACAGAUGUUAGCCCAGGGCCAAGCUUCCUCAACAGAAAAAGGGGAGGAUUGACAUGGAUGUUAGCUCAGGGCUGAUCUUCCUCACAAAAAAUAAAUAAAUAAACUAAUUCAGGAAGAG